CGAGUGCCUCAUCAACAACUCAGCUGAGAGCAGACGGAGGAGCGCAGGCAGGCAGGCAGGGAGGGAGGAAAAAGCUACUCGGUCCCUUUAAGGGAGGGACUGCCACUUGUCCGGAUAUUUUCAUUUUUUUUUUAAUGUUGGACUCGUCUUGGGGGAUCCAGUGUGCAUUUGAAGGCGUUUGCUCACUCGCGAAUCCGACAAACGGGGGAGGAGAGAGAGAGAGAGCGAGAAAGAAAGAAAAUGGAGUUAGAGGACGGAGUGGUGUACCAGGACGACCCGGGGACAGCGGCGAUGAUGUCGGAACGGGUCUCGGGCCUGGCCAGCUCCAUCUACCGCGAGUUCGAGCGGCUCAUCGGCAAGUACGACGAGGACGUGGUGAAAGAGCUCAUGCCCCUGGUGGUGGCCGUGCUGGAGAACCUCGACUCGGUGUUUGCCGAGAACCAGGAGCACGAAGUGGAGCUGGAACUGCUCAAGGAGGACAACGAGCAGCUAAUCACCCAGUACGAGCGGGAGAAAGCGUUGAGGAAGCAUGCCGAGGAGAAAUUUAUUGAAUUUGAAGACUCCCAGGAACAGGAGAAGAAAGACCUGCAAGGUCGAGUGGAGUCGCUGGAGUCCUUCUCACGGCAGCUGGAGCUCAAGGCCAAGAACUACGCAGAUCAAAGUAAGCCUCCCCUCCAGUGCCUGUGCCUUGCCCUUGCCAGCCCACCGUGCGGUGUGAUGAGGCGGUGUGCUGGGGUCUCAGUCUUUUGAUUUCAUUACGGGCUCAGCCUCUGUUAUGUAAGCUCCUGGUUUCUGUGUUUUCCAUUUCUGUUUGCCUUUUGUUUCUUUCCCAUGAUACAUAAUGCUGGUAAUGUGACCUCCUGAGCGUGAGCAACACCAUGAGCACCAACCUCGCCUCCUCAGAGAAGCAUCCGUUGGCAGUUUUGUAGCAGUCCGGUGCCGCUAAGAUUCACUUGACGGUGAUUUAUUUGUUUUUAUAGAGGAUCCCAGGGACACCUCCAGCCUUGG